AUGGAGAUCGAGAACAUUGUUGCGAAUACCGUCUACAUAAAAGCUAGAGAGAGUGGCGGUCAAAAGAAGGGGAAGAGCAAGAAGUGGAAGAGUUACCUUCAGUUUCCUCAUUAUACGGAAUGCUUGCCGUUGCGGUCUGAAAUCGACGUCAGCACGAAAACACUGAACACACUGCUGGAAAAGUACAAGGCGUACGCGGAUGAAAUAAAUCCCACAGGCGACGACCGUACACAGUAUGAUGAGUACUCCACUGCGGUAAAUCUGAUCGCUGGAGGAAUCAAAAUCAUCAAAUCAAGCAGGGACUCCCUGUAG